AUGAGUUCCAAGCUGUCACGUAUUGAUUUAGGAACUGUGAAUUUUCCAAAAAAGUGCUUUGAUAUUUUACUUGUUUGGGUAUACAGUGGAAAAUUUAUGGAUCUAACUUCUUCAAAGAAGGAAAUUCAGUAUUCUCUAUCUCAGGUGUUUGCCAUCAAAGAUUUUUUGAGUGUUGCUGAAUCUUUGAAAAUCUAUGAUGCAGUUGAUUUCUUAAAAGCCUACCAAAACAAAGUGAAGGAAGAAGAAAUUACAAAGAACAUGGCAGAUGCUUUUUUGAAAUCCAUGGAGGCGAGUUUUUUCCUUGAAUCUCACAAACCUGAAACUAAAUUGGAGUUGAUGAGAAAACUUUGCUGUGAUUUCAAAUUGAAAAUUGAAAACUAUUUGGAAGAAACUUCAUUCGUACCCACGAAUGACUCCAUUCUCUGCCACAAGGACUUUCUGACGGAACGAAGUUCGUUUUUCAAAGUGAUGAUUGAAUGCAAUUUCGAUGAAGGAGAGAAAAUUCGAGAAUUGCAAGCCCACCACGAAUUUCCUAUCUUGCACUUACAAUGUUGUAAUUUUUCAGUCUUGGAAGAAUUGUGUCGAUGUUUAUAUUCUGAAAAGAUGAAUCUGAAUGAACAAAAUGCCUUAGAGCUCUUUUCCUAUGUGCAUCGAUUGGGAAUGAGACAGGAAAUUCUUCUUGAAUGUGAACGUUAUAUUAAGAAAAUGGACAUUGAUGUGAGUGAAAUUUAUUCAUUUUGCAAAGAAGGAAAGAAAAAGUGGUUAUUGAAUCGAGAAUUGAAAUAUGAACGUUUCUUUCCCAUCGAGUUCAUGAAUGACAAGCAAUUUGUAUUGAAUCACAUCAAAAAGUAUGGAUUUGGAUUAAAAUAUACGUCACCACAAUUGAAAGAGGACAGAGAGUUGGUGUUGCAAGUGGUUCAAUUGAAUGGAAUUGAAUUACAAUAUGCCAGUUAUUAUGCUCGCAAUGAUAGAGAAGUGGUAUUGGAAGCUAUAAAGAAUGAAGCUUUUGCACUCGAUUAUGCUUCACCAUCACUUCAAAAUGACAAAGUAUUUAUGUUGGAAGUCAUUCGAUGGAAUGAAAAAUGUCUAGAAUAUGCUCCCUAUGAUUUACGUGAAGAAGAUAGCGAAUUCUUAUGUGAAGCCAUCAAACAAAAUAAGAAAGCACUUCAUUGUCUAUCAUGGAAGUUACGCCAAGAUGAAAAGUUCAUGUUAAAACUUAUCAAAUCACUCUUUCCAGAAUUCAAUUUAAUCUCUAUUGAUCAAGCCAACAAAGAAAUCAUGAUGAAACUUGUGAAAGAAUUUGGAUUUUUGUUGAAAUUUGCAUCAAAAGAACUCAAAAAUGAUCGAGAUAUUGUUUUGAAUGCUGUCAAACAUGAUGGUUGGGCUUUUAGUUAUGCCUCACAUGAUUUGAAAAGUGACAGAGAAAUUGCAUUUCAAGCGGUCACAAAAGAACCCUUAACACUGAACGGGAUGCCAGAUGAAUUGAUCAAUGAUAAAGAAUUGGUAUUGGUUGCUGUGAAUCAAGAUGGAUGGGCACUUGAAUAUGCUUCAGACGAGUUGAGAAAUGAUCGACAAGUUGUAUUGACAGCUAUAAGACAAACUGGUUUAGCUCUUCAAUAUGCUGAUGAAAUGCUGAAAAGAGAUCAAGAAAUUGUAUUCGAAGCAGUCAAACAAAACAAUAAUGCUUUCAGAUACGCUUCGAAGGAAUUUUUUAAUGACAAGGAAUUCUUAUUGAAACUGGCAAAGCUCGGAUGUAGAAAUGUCUUCAAAUACGUUCCAAAAGAAAUUGUUGAAGACAGAGAAUUUGUGUUAAAAGUCAUCAAAAUCAAUAGUCUCGCUGUGAUUGGACCCGAUGAUUCACCAUUUCGCCAUAACGAGGAAAUUUUGUUAGAAGCAGUCAGAAAUAAUGGAUUUUCAUUAUGCUUUGCGAAAGGACCGUUACAAGAUGAUCCUGAAUUGGUGAUGGAAGCUUUCAAAUGUCAUGGAUUUGUUUUUGAGUAUAGUGAUGAAUUGUUGCAACAAAGGAUGGAACAAUGUUAUUUUGGUGCUUAUUUGGAUUAA